AUGGAGUGGCAGAAUCCAACUAAAUACAAACGAAGUUCUGUUUCUAUGGGGAUGCCGUAUUCGCAAGGAGGAUACGGGCUUUCUUAUACCAGUCCACAACAACAACAAAGGACGCAAUUCUAUAGCGGUCGACAUGCGCUACUACCACCCAGCUCGAAUGGGAACAACAGGGGAUUAGCUAACGAAGGAGGGUCGGGUGUUCUUGAUCGCCAUAGCUACUAUUUUUCUCCCGAUCCAUUAUAUUGCUCAGACUGGACAUAUUUAAAUGGCGGAGAGAUGGAUUGCAUUGCAUUGAGCUCGUAUAAGGAAGGGUUCUCCAACAAGAUACUGGUUGUUCAUGGAGUAGGCUACGGACGAGAAGCUACGUGUGCGGGCAAUGGCGAUAUGGAUGACGAUGAUGUCACGAUGGGGUCGCCCACGUCAAGCGCUUACCAGGAUGAUGCGAUCGAGGGGUUUGAUUUCCACAAGGUGGCAGAGGUAUCGGUAGAUUACCCUGUCACUAACUUGCAGUGGGAUCCGUCGAUGCUCAGAAUGGGAAAUGGGGUGUCUGAGCGGUUGGGCGCAUCGCUGGAAGUGUUGAGACUCUACAAGGUGGAUCACGAAGCACUCGAUAAGAAUAGCGACUACAAAUUGACCCAGACGCAUAUUCUUGCCAAUAACACGGCGACUGCAUCGUCGUCGACGUCUUCGUCCGCUCAGUCGAAUACCGGUGCAUCGGGAAGCGCAAGUGAAGACAUGAACACUUUUCCACCCGUCACUUCAUUUGACUGGAACAAGGUCGACCCCAACCUCAUCAUAACGUCUUCUGUCGAUACGACAUGCACGGUAUGGGACUUGAAUCGAUCGAGCCUCACUGCAGACCCCAGUUCAGACCUGGGCGCCGCCACAGACACGGCCACUGUCAAGACCCAGCUCAUCGCCCACGACUCGGAGGUGUUCGACGUCAAGUUCAUCCACAACUCGACCAAUGUGUUUGCGUCGGUAGGAAACGAUGGGUCGAUGCGUGUGUUUGACUUGAGGUCGUUGGAGCAUUCGACCAUCAUCUACGAGCCGUCGCACCCACCGACAUCUGCGCUGACCCUAACAACACCUCACCACAACUCGCGGGCGCUUCUCAAGCUCUCGGCGUCCAACAUCGACCAGAAUUACUUGGCCACCAUCGGCGUCAACUCAAACCAGGUAAUAAUCAUCGACAUGCGAAUGCCCGGACUCCCAGUGGCGGCGCUCGAUGGAUCAUUGGGCGGAGCCAACACCGCAGCCAUCAACUCAAUCCAAUGGCACCCGUCUUCCAACUAUCUUCUCACCGGCGGCGACGACUGUCAGGCCCUUGUGUGGGAUUGUAACAACAUCCGCCAUCCCGGUGCCCCAAAAACCCCGUCGUCGGCCUCGUCACACCCACCCGAGUUCACCUCACUCGUCGAGUCGCCCGUGCUAGCCUACAGCGACGACCUCGAGGUCAACAACGUGUGUUGGCGCCGUGACCAAGGUGACUGGAUGGGUGUUGUCAGCGGCAAGGGCUUCCAGGCCGUUCUGAUAUGA